GUACAGCCGGGUUCUUAGCACCGCCCAAUUGUGUUUUGAAUUUUUACCCAAAGGAUAGUAAAGUUUUUACCAUAGAAAAAUCGAUAGAGAAGAACGAUCCCAGCGCUCUGUUGUUUAGCUAAUAGGAAACGGGGUACGUAGGUUCGAGAGAUACCAGGAGCACGCAAAGAGGGUGCAGCCCCAUACCCAGCGCGCCUCGAUACUUCCAAGGAACUGUCCCGUGCGCGCAGGCCCGACUAUGGGAACCCCGAAGCCGCGGAUCUUGCCCUGGCUGGUGGCGAUGCUGGACGGGGGGCAGCUGGAAGGUGUGGCCUGGCUGGACGAGAGGCGCACGCGCUUCCGCAUCCCUUGGAAGCACGGCCUGAGGCAGGAUGCGCAGGUGAAAGACUUCGGCAUCUUCCAGGCCUGGGCUGAAGCCAGCGGUGCCUACAUUCCCGGGAGGGAUAAGCCCGAUUUGCCAACCUGGAAGAGGAAUUUCCGAUCAGCCCUGAACCGGAAGGAAGUGUUGCGUUUAGCUGAGGACCAGAGCAAGGACCCUCACGACCCUCAUAAGGUUUACGAGUUUGUGGACCCAGAAGCCAGGGACUCUUCCCAGCUGGACACCUCUCCAGAAACCGAGGAAGGCAGUACUUCUGAUGCCCAGGAAGAUAUCUUAGAGCUGCUGAGUGACAUGGCCUUGGUCCCACUCCCUGAUGACAUGGCCCAAGGGCAGUACCCUCAGCUCUUGAGCCCCAACUUGGACAACCCCAUUCUCUGUCCAAACCCAACACCUUCUGAAAACCCACUGAAGCUGCUGCUGGUGCCUGAGGAACAGUGGGAGUUCGAGGUGACCGCCUUCUAUCGGGGCCACCAGGCCUUUCAGCAGACCAUCUUCUGUCCUGGGGGCCUGCGGCUGGUGAGCUCCGAAGCUGGUGACAGAAAACUGCCUGGACAGCCAAUAACACUGCCAGACCCUGGGAUGUGCCUGACAGACCAGGUGGUAACAGAGUAUGUGCGGCGUGUGCUGGACAGCCUGGGCGGGGGCCUGGCUCUGUGGCAGGCAGGGCAGCGGCUCUGUGUGCGGCGGUGGGGGCACUGCCAUGCAUUCUGGGCCAUAGGCGAGGAGCUGCUCCCUGACUGCGAGCAUGGGCAUAAGGGCGAGGUCCCCAAGGAUGUGGACAGCGACGUGUUUGACCUAAGGCCCUUUGUGACAGAUCUGAUUGCCUUCAUGGAAGGAAGCGGACAUUCGCCACGCUACACUCUCUGGUUCUGCCUGGGGGAGUUGUGGCCUCAGAGCCAGCCGUGGGUCAAGAAGCUUGUGAUGGUCAAGGUGGUUCCCACUUGCCUCAAGGCCCUGUUGAACAUGGCCCGGUCAGGAGGGGCCUCCUCACUGGAGAACACUGUGGACUUGCACAUUUCCAACAGCCAGCCCCUCUCCCUCACCUCUGAGCAGUACAAGGCCUACCUGCAGGACCUGGUUGAGGACAUGGAUUUCUAAGCCACCGGGAGGCCUGAGCUCUGGCCUUUCACUUGCAUCAAUAAAGCAGUCCAUGCUGCA